AUGCCUACGGAAGAGCUGGUGCGCGCGAUGAUCGAGAAGGUGGUGGCCGAGGAGCGCAUCAAGACCAUGCUGAUGGACUUCGAGAAGAACAUGCAGAAGAAUGUGGAGAAGAUCAACAAGGCCAAAUCGGCCGCGACGGCCGCAAAGGCAAAAGGGUAUGCUUCUCCGAUCCAAAGACCUCGAACACCAACACCAGAGAAGGAGCACCUCAUGCAGCUUGCGGCAGAACGGGCAGUUCAGCCGGUGAUCAAUGUGAACAUCAGCUCGGACACGGAGCUGGAGCUCUGCGAUGGUGAUGAUCAUCAAGCUCAUCUAUGUUCUGGGCUUCCUGAUGGCGACCUCUUCAUGGAGGACGAUGAGAAUGUGCCUGACGAUGCGGUGGUUGGCCCUACUGGACCUAUGCCUCCGAUGCGAAUCUCUGGGAAGAAGAAGCCCAGCGAUCCUGACCUCAUCGACCUGGAAGAUGACGACUUUGGAAACAUGCCUCAUGGUCCUCUUCGUGAAGAUCGCAGAUUUUCUACAACAUCUUCAACGCCGAUGGUGGAAAACAAAGAGCCCUAUUUGGACUCUCCUGAAGAUGGUCUUCCUGAUCCAGUUCCUGAGCCUGAGUCCAAGCGUGCCCGCUAUGAGGACGAGGACGACAAGAAAGACAUGUAUAUGAAACACCUGCAGAUCUUCAACCAGAUCGACAGUGGCUAUUUGAUGGACAUCGAGCUGGACCUUGCUUCAAAUCGCCAAAAGAAGGCUUUUCAGAGAAACCCGAGCCUCUACCUGGCGAAGAAACUGGCUGGUUCAGAGGUGUGUUUUCGUCGUUUGAGUGCCAAUGAGAAGGAGUUGUUCAAGCGAGCAAUGAACUCCGAAGUUUCAAGCUUCAUCAAGACAGAGGCAGUUCGCCGCUGUUUGAGCUUUGAGGAGCAACAAGAGGCGAAGCGAAGUGGACGUGUUUUGAAAUCAAGAUGGGUAUUGGUUUGGAAAUCAGUGCCUGAGGAAUCGCGUGCCGAAGCACUUGCUGACGCCAGGGAGAAUGAGAACACAGUCCACAGCUCUGAUGGCACUCGCAAAGCAAAAGCGAGGAUAGUCGUUUUGGGCUAUCAACACCCUGACUUGUUGGACCCGUCUCUAGCAACAACUGCACCAGUGCAAUCGCAGUUGGUCCGCAACCUCUCCUUGUGUGUGGUGGCUCAACGCCGUUGGCAGUUGGAAGGACUUGAUAUGUCCACUGCAUUUUUGCAGACUGGCAAGACGGAGGAGGAUCGCAGAAUUUGGAUGCAAGGGGUACCUGAACUCAAUCGUGCCCUUGGAGCAGAACCUCAUGAAGCGGUUCGAAUCCUCAAGAACGUCUAUGGCAACGCCACAGCACUUCGAGGUUUAUGGGAAGAUGUGGACAAAACCUUUUGUGCUUUGGGAGCGAAACGCCUGAUCGGCGACAGUUCCUUUUGGAUUUGGACAAAGCCAAACCCAAAUCCUCGAAAUCAGUUUGACACUGAGCAGCUGAUUGGUUUUGUCGGCGGACAUGUUGACGAUUUCAAUAGAGCCGGAGAUCUUCAAGAUCCUGAGUGGCUUCGCAUCAGAGAGGCCAUUGACAAGAGCUACAAGUGGGGAACGGUGAAAAUUAACCAGUACAGACACACUGGUUUGGAUAUCAACGUCAAGACCGAGGGUAAUGACUUUCUGGUCGAGGUGGAUCAGAACUACUAUGUGGAAGGCCUCAUGGACCUGACCAUUGCCCCGGAGCGUUUGAAGCGCACCGACAACCCACAGCUCACUCCUGAUGAAGUGAGUGCUUGUCGAGCCGGACUUGGAGCAGUCCAAUGGGCUGCAACUCAAACACAAGUUCAAGCCUGUGCACGAGCCAAUCUGCUUCUUCGCAGAUCACAAGCAACCAUGACAUGA